CUGUAGUACUGGUCAUCGUGAGCGCGCGCUUAUCUGAACGCGAGUUCCCAUGCUCGGACGCCCCGUUCGAUGUAGCGACGCGUGCAGCUAAACAAGCUCAGUUUAUCGGUGCGUGCCUGCGGGAAAUGUACUGUGGAAAACCUUCGCCAUCAUGACGACCAACAUUGUGUGCAUUGUGCUUUCCUGUUUGGUGAUGUUGGUUGCAGUGCCGCGCUCGGUCGAUACGCGCCUGUUCACCAUCGACUACGACAACAACACCUUCGUGAUGGAUGGUGUACCCUUCCAGUACGUGGCCGGUUCGUUCCACUACUUCCGCGCGCUGCCCGAAAGCUGGGCAUCCAUCUUGCGGUCGAUGCGCGCCGCCGGUCUGAAUGCAAUUACGACGUACGUCGAAUGGUCCCUACACAACCCAAAGGAAGGCGUAUACAACUGGCAAGGGAUGGCCGACAUUGAGCAUUUUAUCGAGCUGGCUGAUAAAAAAGGACUGUACGUUAUUCUGCGCCCGGGCCCGUACAUUUGCGCCGAGCGGGAUAUGGGCGGGUUCCCAUCGUGGUUGCUACACAAAUAUCCCGACAUACUGCUGCGAACGAACGAUAUCAGGUAUCUGCGGGAGGUACGAACCUGGUACGCUCAGCUGCUGUCCCGUCUGCAACGAUUCCUCGUCGGUCAGGGUGGUCCGAUCAUCCUGGUGCAGGUUGAGAACGAGUACGGAUCGUUCUAUGCGUGCGAUCACAAGUACCUGAGCUGGUUGCGUGACGAGACGGAGCGGUACGUGAUGGGCAAUGCGGUACUCUUCACCAACAAUGGACCAGGGCUGGAGGGAUGCGGUGCAAUAGAGCACGUACUAAGCUCGCUUGACUUCGGACCGGGAACAGAGGACGAAAUUAACGGAUUCUGGAACACGCUGAGAAAAACCCAGCCCAAAGGACCGCUGGUCAAUGCGGAGUACUAUCCGGGCUGGUUAACGCACUGGCAGGAAGCGCAUAUGGCCCGCACCGACACCAAAGCGGUCGUGGACAGCCUCGACUUUAUGUUGCGCAACAAGGUCAAUGUGAACGUGUACAUGUUUUACGGCGGCACGAACUAUGGGUUUACGGCGGGCGCCAACAGCCAGGGUGCUGGUAGAUACGUUGCGGACAUCACCUCGUACGAUUAUGACGCUCCGCUCGAUGAGUCCGGUGAUCCGACGCCAAAGUAUUUCGCUCUUCGCGAUACCAUCCUGAAGUACUUCCCUAAGCCCGAUUUGCCCGUUCCAGUAGCGGCACGCAAAAUCCAGCCUCCAUCCUUGACCAUGACCCGGCUAGGAAGCCUACUUGAGCCCGACCUGCUGAACCGCCUGUCCACACAAACUGUCACCAACAGUCUGCCCAUGUCGUUCGAGUCGUUAAACCAAAUCUCCGGCUUGGUGCUGUACGAAGCGCUCAUACCGGACGACAUCAAGACGGACCCACGCAAACUCAUCGUCGAGGGUGUGCACGAUCGGGGGUACGUGUUCGUUGGCGACCGGUUCGUGGGGGUUCUGUCGCGCGAAAACCAAAUCAACACACUGCCGCUCGCCCUGGAUGCCGGCCAAACGUUGCGCAUCGCGAUCGAGAACCAGGGACGCAUCAACUUUGGCAUCGCGAACGACUCCAAAGGCAUCGUGGGGAGGGUGUACGUUAACACGCGGCAACUUUUUAACUGGACCAUGCACAGUCUACCGCUGAGCGAUUUUAAGCCAAUCGUGCGUGCCGUACGGUGCCACCGGAAGUUGCGGAGACAUUAUGGGAAUAAUGGCGUCGGGGUGAAGGCGACUCCAAUGUCCGUGUACUACUCGAUUUUCGACAUUGAAGACGAACUCGCGGACACUUACCUCGAUCCGACCGGGUGGGGCAAGGGGGUGGUGUUUAUCAACGGGUUCAACGUCGGACGCUAUUGGCCGACGGUCGGUCCGCAGGUGACACUGUACGUUUCGAAACAUUUACUUACACCCAAAAACAACUACCUCUCCAUUAUCGAGUAUCAGAAGGAGUUUGAGUCGAUUCCGCCAUUAAAAUUCUCCAAAACGCCUAUAUUUAACUGAUGUCCAAUGUUGCCAGGGAGCUGAUGUCACCUACGUUAUCUCUCUCUCUCUUAUCGUGCGUGCAACGGUGAUCGACCUGGUUUCAAUUUCGAACUGAUAUAUCCAUUGCAGCGGCUCCAGAUGUUGCAACGCUUAACUGCAACUGUAACUAAGUAACAAACGAUUUACUCUCCUACACUAAACUACCACCCUAGGCGCGGGUAAUUUUUACAAAGUAGAUCAAACCAAAUAUACAUUUCCGUUUGGAAA